AUGCGUCCGCACGGUGUUGUUUUGUUGGCAGUUGUCACACUACUCACUAUUAAUAACGUCGAUGCAAGGUCAGAUUUUCAUGCCGCAACAAGCGUCACGACUGCUGAACACAGCGUCUCCACCAACAGAUUCUUAAGAAACAGCUAUCUCUCCCAAGUGGAUGACGAUGAGAGGGCGAUAAAUACCGGUCUCAAGUCCUUUCCCGGUGCGGAUAUGGUCUCCAGCUUCAUCACUAAGCAAAAACUCGCAGUGUGGCUGAAGAACAACAAGGACACGGACGAUGUCUUUGUCGGGUUGAAACUUAACGCAGCAGACGACAGUAUUCUCAAGAAUCCCAAAUUCGUCGCCUGGGUCAAGUACGUAGACAACUACAAUGCUAAAAACCCAGGCCAGCCGUCUUCGAUACUCGCGCCGUUGAAGAAACACGUAAAUCUAGGGAAGCAGCAAAACAAACCGAAAGUACCAAAGACUUGGCAACGAAACUGCAGACCGAGCAGAUGGAGACCUGGAAGCGCGCGAAACUCAGCACCGACAGCCUCUUCAACAUGUACAAACUCGACAGCGAAGCGAAGGACUUGCUCGCUAGCCCUGGCUUACGUAUUUGGGUCCGCUAUGCAGAAGAAUUCAACCCCGGCCCCAAAACGACAUUGUUCGAGAAACUCCACGCCAGCUAUUCAGAUUUCGCACUGUCCCAGCUCCUACUUUUAUCUAAGAAAGCCCCGAGCACGGAGAAGCUGGCCACGAGCCUUCAAAGGGAACAACUCCAAACCUGGUUGA